UCAGGGCAUUCAGUCGAAACUUGGAAAUAGCACGCACAAUGGUUGUGGGCGUCUUUCCACUAGGAAAACUAGCUUUACUUGCCAUUAAGCACAUUAGCAAGCCCAUUGGCAAUCUUAUCAAGCAAACGGCCAAAAAGAAUCAGUCAUUCAAAGCCCUGGUAGUUGCUCCCCCAGCGAGAUUAUACCACGUAAUUGAUGUUCGCUCCAAGAUGUGGAUGCUGGGACUUGGACAACCCCGUCUUAUUCCGCCCCUAACUGACGCGAUGACUAUUCAAAUGGGUAGCGAAAUCCUGGGCGAAAUGAUCAUCUUCAUUAUUGGCGCCACGCUGAUUGUGGGGGAGUUCAAAAGGCAAGCCAAGAACGACAGGUUGAAGCACGAAAAACACAGAUUAAAUCGGGAGAAGCUGGAGGAAAGAAUUGGGGACCUCACCAACAAGGUCAGCCGCCAGUCCAAGGAAAUCCAUCAGCUGAGGACCAAGUUGGGGAGCAGGGAAACCCAUAAGGCAGAUAGCAAUACGGGGGACUUGGAAUGUAACUGAACUGGCGUGGAAAUGUCAGUCGCCUUUAUAUUCGUGAAAAAUUUUAUGUUAGGCACAAUGGUGAUCGGCAGUUUUCCAAUUGGAAAACUAUUCAUUCAUGGCGUGAAACGGAUUAGCAAGCCAUUUGGAGACCUUCUAAUAUGGAUGGGCAAGCAUCAUCCCUUCAUCCGGCGCUAUGUCAUCAUUCCGCCGGCCCAGCUUUACAACACCUUUGAGGUCCGUACCAAGCUCCAUAUGCUUCGAUUGAAACAGCCCAGGCGGAUUCCACGCCUCUCCACUCCGAUCGCCACAAGAUUGGGCGCUGAUAUGCUGAGCGAGGCCUUUGUGUUUGGCAUUGGCAUAGGUCUCAUAUACUAUGAGGUUUCAAAAACAUAUGAAAAAACUCUGAAACAAAACCAGGAGAUUGACGAUCAGAAGAGAGCUCUAGAUGAGUGCGUGGACUGUAUCAGUGCGGAUGUGGAGCGGAACCAAAGGGACAUCAAUUGGAUUAGGACAGCCCUGAAAAACGUGGGGAAAUAAGGAUUUCUUUUUGUAUAAUUUUAUAUCGACUGUCGAGAUCGCUUUCAAAUCGGUGACGAUUAUUCAAUUAUGUAAUUAAAUAAAUACAAAGGUAGUUGCCAAGUUCG